UUAUUCCUAGCAUUACGCCGUAAGGGAACCUAUUUUAGGUGCCCACGGACUAGCGUCUUCCUCACCCUUCAUCGUCGAAGUCCUUACCACAACAAGUUUGAGGAAUGGCGUCUGGAUCUAUCAGCGUGUUUGCUACGGACGAGAAGAUUGGAAGCCUGCUGGACCAGUCUAUCACCCGCCACUUCCUGUCCACUUGCACCGACCAGUGCGGCAAGAUCACUGCCGAGUAUGUGUGGAUCGGCGGCACCAUGCAGGACCUGAGGUCCAAGUCGCGCACCCUCACCUCUGUCCCCAAGAGCCCUGAGGACCUGCCGCACUGGAACUACGAUGGUUCCUCUACGGGCCAGGCCCCCGGCCACGACUCCGAGGUCUACCUGAUCCCCCGCAGCAUCUUCCGUGACCCCUUCCGCGGUGGCGACAACAUCCUGGUGAUGUGCGACUGCUACGAGCCGCCCAAGGUCAAGCCCGAUGGCACCCUGGAUGCUCCCAAGCCCAUCCCGACCAACACCCGCGCCGCCUGCGCUGAGGUGAUGGAGAAGGCCAAGGCUGAGGAGCCCUGGUUCGGCAUUGAGCAGGAGUACACCCUGCUCAACGCCAUCACCAAGUGGCCCCUGGGCUGGCCCAAGGGCGGCUACCCCGCCCCCCAGGGCCCCUACUACUGCUCCGCCGGUGCCGGUGUUGCCAUUGGCCGUGACGUGGCUGAGGUGCACUACAGGCUGUGCCUGAACGCCGGCAUCAACAUCAGCGGCGUGAACGCUGAGGUGCUGCCGUCCCAGUGGGAGUACCAGGUUGGCCCGUGCGAGGGCAUUGAGAUGGGCGACCACAUGUGGAUGUCUCGCUACAUCAUGUACCGCGUGUGCGAGAUGUUCAACGUGGAGGUGUCGUUCGACCCCAAGCCCAUCCCCGGCGACUGGAACGGCUCGGGUGGCCACACCAACUACUCCACCAAGGCUACCCGCGUUGCCCCUGAUGGCUGGAAGGUCAUCCAGGAGCACUGCGCCAAGCUGGAGGCCCGCCACGCGGUGCACAUUGCCGCCUACGGUGAGGGCAACGAGCGCCGCCUGACCGGCAAGCACGAGACCAGCUCCAUGAACGACUUCUCCUGGGGUGUGGCCAACCGCGGCUGCUCCAUCCGCGUCGGCCGCAUGGUGCCCGUUGAGAAGUGCGGCUACUAUGAGGACCGCCGCCCGGCCUCCAACCUGGACCCCUACGUCGUCACCCGCCUCAUCGUGGAGACCACCUGCCUCCUGUAAACGUGCUGGAUGAUGCAAGUCGGGAGAGCACAUGGCGACAGUGGGGUGCUAGAACGAGUGGAUGUUCUUGAGCAUUUGCGCCGUCGCCUUCAUGUGAUGUAUGUGUGCAUUUGCUUGUGAACGUUUUUGCUCUGUAGUGCGGUUGUAAAGUGGUGGUGGUUCUGAGAGAGGUGUUGGGAUAUGCUGCCCUUUCUCGCGUGACCUGAAUGUCCGGCGGGUGUUUUGCGCGCGGCAGCAGUGCGGCAGCGCUGUUAUGGAUGCUGUUCUGCAGCGGCUGUGAAGGAGCGCAGAGGACGGCAAAGGAUUCUGGGCCGGCGUGAAGUUGGCAUUGGGGGCAGGGACGAUUAGGUCUGAGAUGACUGUUUGAGUGGAACCGUUGGUGGAAAAAUGUUUCGGAUACUACCAGUGUACUAUUCUACACUUCGGUGUGCUGGGAGAUUGUACCGGUGCACAAAGUCUCUGGUGCUGGCUGCAGCAGUGGGCAGACCUCGCGGUGAUAUUGACGCCGUCCGUUCCCGUUUCUUAUGCUGCAACGGGUUUUACGUGGAUCGACCUUUGCAUAAUCUUUACCCCUGUUGACGGUGCCCGUUUACGGUGUUCAGUUUGCUUUUUUCGGUCCCCUGUCUGAUGGUACCUACACAUGCGAUAAGCGCCGACGUGUAGCCGUGCAAGGCCUUGCCGCAUGCCGAAUAAGGCGCUGUGUCGUCGGUUUGGAUUUGGGUUUGUUUUCACCAUUUUUUAAACACUGCUAUUAUGCGCGUUAAGGCUGUGCUACUGCUGCUUCACGGCACGCAAUCGUCCACGUUGGACGAG